UGCGUUCCAAUAGGCUUUGACAGGACCCCUAGCUAAAUCAGGCAGUAGGUGUGCUCAAGCUGUUAUAACUGAGCAUUAAUCUGUUUCAACUUUACUUAAUAAUGCUUGUUUUGUUGAUCAGUCAACAAUAUUAAGGUUGUUUUCGAGGGAUAAUCUGUCAUGGCUACUACUGAGAAUGCAGAGACGUGUUCACCAGAAAACAAAGGAGGCCAUCAUGGGAGUGCUGACCCAGACACAAAGUGCCCAAAGAAAGUCCAGUAUUGCGGCGUGUGCUCCUUGCCAACAGAGUACUGUGAGUACAUGCCUGAGCCAUCCAAAUGCAGGCAGUGGCUGGAGAAGAACUUUCCAGAUGUGUUUGCCAGGAUGAGUGUAGGUCCGGUAGGAAAUGCUUCCAAGCAGGACACUGGCGGUGUAGAGGUGCCCCCUGUUGGUGAGGAGGAUGAAAAGAAGAAGCAGAAGAGAGGUGGCAGAGGACAGAUCAAACAGAAAAAGAAGACUGUCCCUCAGAAAAUAACGAUAGCUAAAAUCCCCCGCGCCAAGAAGAAAUAUGUCACCCGAGUCUGUGGCAUGAACACCUUUGACAUUGACCUUAAAGAGGCUCAGAGAUUCUUUGCUCAGAAGUUUUCCUGCGGAGCCUCGGUGACGGCGGAGGAUGAAAUCAUCAUUCAGGGAGAUUUUACAGAUGACAUCAUUGAUGUCAUUCAGGAAAAGUGGCCUGAGGUGGAUGACGACAGCAUUGAAGAUCUUGGAGAAGUCAAGAAGUGAAGACCCGACGUGCACUUUUACUAAAAAUGGAUGCAACAUGUAACAACAACCUGGCCAAAAUGUACACAUUAACAUUAAAAAGGAGUCGUUUUAUAUCUAUUUUAUUUACUGUAUAGAAACUGUGGACUUGGCCACUCCCUUUUGACAUUUUUCAGUUCUUGAUAGCUGCUGUCUGUCUCUCUGUCGCCAAAGGUCUGGUCUGAUGUGAUUCCUUUCCAAACGCUUUUCACUCAGCAAAAUUUUAGGGUAAUAAAUGUUGCUCAUUCACUUGUU